GUCUGUAUACAAAUAUCAACAGAGACCGAAAAUUGUAUUCCCAAGCACAAAACUCGCGACUUGACAGCUCAGAUCGAUAACAUCUCUGCGCAAUGCCCACGUUUCCAUAGGCGGGGCGGAGCCUCAACACCCGCCCCCUUAUACGCCACACCUCACUCCAAGAUCAACACUGCCGCACUAGUACACAUCCGACGGUUAAUGUAAGCGCGGCAAAAAUCAACGAUGCUGGUCCCGGCCGACAUGCUGGCCGCCCAGUCGAAAAUGCUCUAUCAAAUCAACAAAUACUACGGUGAAAGAGUGCAAACGAGGAUGGCCACCAUCGCCAAGACCAUCAGGGAAGUUUGUAAGGUGGUGCAAGAGGUUCUAAAAGAAGUCGAAGUGCAGGAACCUCGAUUUAUUUCGUCUUUAACGGAAUGCAACGGGAAGUACGAAGGUUUGGAGGUUAUUUCGCCGGUGGAGUUCGAGGUGGUGCUGUAUCUGAACCAAAUGGGUGUGUUUAACUUCGUGGACGACGGUACUUUGCCAGGUUGUGCUGUGUUGAAACUUAGCGACGGUAGGAAGAGAUCUAUGUCGUUGUGGGUCGAAUUCAUCACAGCUUCUGGGUAUCUAUCGGCGAGAAAAAUCCGUUCGAGGUUCCAAACUCUAGUCGCUCAAGCCUGUGAUAAAUGCUCGUACAGAGACAGUGUCAAAAUGAUAGCAGAUACCUCGGAGGUAAAACUACGAAUAAGAGAACGGUAUAUAGUGCAAAUAACACCAGCUUUCAAAUGCUCCGGGGUAUGGCCUAGAUCCGGUUCACAUUGGCCGUCCCCUCACAUUCCCUGGCCGCAUCCUAACCUAGUAGCAGAAGUCAAAACCGAAGGAUUCGACCUCUUGAGCAAGGAAAGCAUAGCAGCACAAGGUAAACAAACUUCCAUGGAAGGUGACGCUUGGGUUCUUUCUUUCCUGGAAGCAGAAAACCGUCUUCUACAAGGAGGUUGUCGAAGAAGGUGUCUCAGUAUUCUCAAAACUCUCAGAGAUAGACAUUUAGAUCUACCUGGUAAUCCUGUCAGUAGUUAUCAUCUAAAAACUUUGUUACUGUAUGAAUGUGAAAAACAUCCCAGAGAGUCUGAAUGGGAUGAAUCUUGUAUAGCCGAUAGAAUCAAUGGGAUCUUUCUUCAAUUAAUCUCUUGUUUGCAGUGUAAAAGAUGCCCUCAUUACUUUUUGCCAAACUUAGAUCUGUUUAAAGGAAAAUCGCCCAGUGCUUUGGAAAACGCAGCCAAACAAGUGUGGAGGUUGACAAGGGAAAUGUUAACAAAUACAAGAUGCUUGGAAAAGUUGUAAAAGGUUUCUUUAAUUCUAUGAUCAAGUAGGUAUUGGGAAAAUGUGUGUCAGUCAGUGUUUUGCGCUUGCGAAAUAUGUAUUUGUCAUUAAAGAAGAUUUUUUGAUGUUUACAUAAAUUGUAGACCGACAAAGUAAAUAUUUUUAUGGAAAAAUGUAAAAUGAACAUCUUUAUAACAUCCGAAAUAUUGUGUUUCAAGAAAAUUGUAUAACAUGAAAAUAGUUGUUCUUUUUUCAUAUUUUAAAAUAUCGAAAAUUUUGCAAAUUCCAUCCUUUAUAAAUCUUUUGGAUGUUUUGUUUUUUAACUUGAAAUUCCUGUAACUUUUUUCUGUAUUUUUCCAAAUUUAAUACAAUCUGAUCUUAAUAUUGUUGUAAUAAUGUUGUUCUCAUUACCAAAUCAACCUUCUAUUUUGGUUUAAUUUUUAUCCUGCUUCUUCAUAUUUGUUAUCCUACUAUAAUCUAACCUUUUAAUCUUGUUUUGCUGGCCUUUUUUUCUACACAUACUUUGUACUGUUAUUUUAUAUCUGCUUACAAGAUACAAAGUUUUAUUUUUAUGAUGAGAUUGUCACUGUUUUAAAACAGUUAUGUACUAUAUUUUAUAGGUAUGCCAUUCAAAAUCGCCAAAAUUGUAUUAAAAAUGCACGAAUAUACGUCACUCUUGGAUUAUCGCGACAACAAAUAUUUUACUGUGCAAAAUAUGAAGAACGAAAAUAAAUUGCAAAUUAUAUUGUUGUUUACUGGAGUAAUUAUUAGAGUAAAAUACUUUCGUACUUCUUAUGUUGCACACUAAAAUAUUCGUUAUCGCGAUAAUCGUGGAAUACCUACACCAUAAAUAUUAAUUGAUAUGUCCAUAUAUUUUUUUUUACUUUCUAAAGUAUUGUUUGAGGGUUUGAGUAGGCUGUACUGGCAAAAUUAAAUAUAUGUCAUUGUCAGUUUACAUUUUUAACAGGUAAGUAUACCUAUGUAUACAGUGUGUCUACGUAAGUUGGUAUCAUUAUAUGGAAAACUUUUUUAUUAUUAAUUUUGCGAAAAAAGUUAGUCUUCAUAAAAAAUUCUGCAUGGUCUAACACCUAAGAUAGGACCAUCAGAUGUCAAAUAAUGUUAUCAAUUUUAUAUGAGAUAUGUCCAAAAAUAUGAACUGCGCUAAAUUUUUUAUAUCGCUUUUAAAAAACAAAUCGCGGAUUUUGGAAAAAAAACGUUGUUGACUUUUUUGAUAAAACACCCAGUAUAUUUUUUUGUAAAUUGAAAGAACGGCCAUUCACCUAUCCAGCGAUAUAUAGUUUUUUAAAAUCGGUUGUCAAAUGACUGAGCAAUUAAUUUUUAAAAUGAGAGAUGCAAUGUGGAAAUCACAUAUCAGAAUAUCAAUUUGCUUAGUUAUUUUAAUCAUAUGUUAUUUAGUUACAGUCGGAAAAAUGAAAGAAUACCCAUGAACGAUCACAUCAAUCAAUUAUUUUGUAUUUGCUGUCUUUUUCUAUAAAUGACAAAUGUUUGUUAUAGAAAAAGAUAGAAAAUACAAAAUAAUAAGUGAUUGAUGUGAUAGUUCAUGAGUAUUCUUUCAUUUUUCCGACUGUAUAUGAUUUCCACGUUGCAUCCCUCAUUUUAAAAAUUAAUUAUUACUCAGCUAUUUAACAAUCGAUUUUAAAAAACUUUAUAUCGCUGGAUAAGUGAAUGACCGUUCUUUCAAUUUACAAAAAAAUAUAUGUACUAUGUGUUCCAUUAAAAAAAGUCAACAACGUUAUUUUCAAAAAUCCGCCAUUUUUUUUUUCGUAAUUGAAAGCAAUAUGAAAAAUUCAAUCCAUUCAAACAAAACUUUUACGAAAAUAAAACAUUUCAGCGAAAACCGCAUAUUUCUAUCUUGAGCCGUUUAGAAGUUAGGUAUACCUAUGCAGUAAAAUUAGGGAAAAUAUAAGUGGACACCUGGUAUAUGAAAAAUUUGACAAAAAAUAUGUGUUUUUCUUGAAGACAGACUCUUUUGUUUAUCAAUAAUUUAACAUUUUUUUUUGUCUUUUACAAGCUAAAACAUACCUAACUGCGCGCAGAAGGUAAAAUUGCCAUGUUUCAUAUUAUGAAAUCACAUUAACAGGACAACUAUAGUAAUUACCUAUAAAAACUUCAUAAUAUUAAAAAACUGUAAAUAAUUUUCUGCUGACUGAUAUCUAUAUCUAUUUUUCCUUUUGUUUUUUCACUUCAAUUUUCGACAAAAACAUUCGAACCAAUUCUUAUUUAGUCGCUUAAAUUUACAUUUUGUUCAUAAACAAACUUGAUAACAAUGCAUAAAAGUGACAUAAAAGGCUGAUAAGCAAAGUUUUUCUAAUCUGAUGUAUAUAGAGUUAUAAAGAAACUGUCUGUGGUUUAUUAGAAAGAUUUUAGGCAAUUAAAACAUUAAAAGAUAUUUUUAAAGUUGUAGCAAUUUGGUAAAAAUGAAAAAUUAUUGUUAAGAUCUUACGUUGUUCAUAAUCUAAGAAGUUUCAUUCAUCAUCAUUGGCGCUACAGUCCUAUAUAGAUUCGGCUAGGAAGGUUGUUCUACUCUGAUCUUGCUAGAUCUCCUGCCCAUCUUAGUCUUUCUAUUUUUAUGAGAGAUAUAUUCUAUUACGUCUGUAGCGCCAGAUAUCUGUUUGUAUCCGUUCAAAGAUGAGCAGAUUUUCAUCUGACUUGGAAAUGUCCAUGUUUCCUAUCCAUAUAUCUCAGCACUGGCAGCAUAAGGGUUUUGUAUAAGUACAUAUUAUAUUGUUAGUUUUAUUUUCUAGCUUCUGGAAGCUUCAUUCUAUUUAUGUAUUUAUAUAAUACUGACCUCCCCAGCUUGUAUUUCGUGGAUAUAAAUGUCACACAUUGUGUAAGAUGUGACCAUCUUUAUCUUUCUUUGUCAAAAUUUAUUUUGUUAUUAAGAGACCUUUUUGUGCAUGUAUUUUUCUAUCUCUCGUUAAAGAAAUGAGAUAAUUCUGUACCUAUAUGUUUCCGAUUUAUAAAGUUAACACAUUAUUCUAUUUUUUUAUUUCUUUUUCAUACAGGUAGUUAAUACUUUUUCUAACACUUUUUUCAAGAAAUUAAUAUUUGAAAAUGAGACAAAGUAUUUAUUGUACCUAUCAUGACAGAAAUGAUUACUAUAUUUUAAAUAUUUUAUUUGGCUGUCCUUCUCCUUCUUCUUCUUUCUUAAUAUUAACAAUUUUGUAUCCAUAGCCGGACAGUUCAAUCCUUAAUAGGUACUUUAUUUCCAUUACUUGUUCAAUGCUAACUCCAUCGACUUUAUAAGUUAGAAUCUUCUUGGUCUGGCUUUCUGCUUUCUGAGUUGAAAUCGUCAUAUUAAAUUCUUUUGCUCUUGUAUUAAAUCUGUGAACUAGUCUUUGAAGGCUAUCUUCAUUUUGGGCUACAAAAAUUGCAUCGUCUGCAUAAGAGAGCAUUUUAAUUGCAUUUUAAUACCAUUGUUCCCAUUGAAGACCCAUGGUCUUCAAAUCCUCAUACAGCAUCUUUCUAUGACGACUAGUUCUACAAAGCUACAUAUGUAGCUCUAAAGGAAAAUACGUGAAUUAGCAGUAUAGUCCAGGGUAAUAAGGUUUUUUCCAUGACACUUAAACAUAGGCGUAACCAGAGGGGGGUUUUGGGGGUUGUAACCCCCCCCAUUGGGAUGUACUUUCAGCUCUAUACGCUUAACAUCAUAUCCCUCAGAUAUUUCCAGUAGUUGUAACCCCCCCUUUCAGGUAGAUGUAACCCCCCCUUAGGAUCAUCCUGGUUACGCCUAUGCACUUAAACAGCCAGGGUAGUGAAGCGUUUUUUCGACAGGUAAUACCUAUAAGAGCAAAUUGUAACUAUUUCCUGCGUAGGAUCUGGCGGCCAUUUUUAUUUAUAAACAAUUAAGUGUAAAAAAAUGGCAUUUUUCACUUUUUUUUCAAAUCAAUGGAAAACAGGGAAACUUAUGGUUUUAUUAGUACAAAUAUCUUCGAGUUUAUGGAAAAAGCUUUAAAGUACUUGCUUCCGUACAGUCAUGAUGUGAACUUGUCAGAUAGAGCUCAUUGGUACCUCGGGCGAAAAACAUUGAAUAUCUUAAUCAUGAAUGUUAUAAUUCACAUCUUUGUCAUAUGUUCCGAUGACGGAUCAAUUGUAAAGGGUUUUUACCCUGUUAUUUUUACUUUGGUGGCUUGCAUGUAGAUUCUAAGAUUGCACUGAUGAUGAUCGGUCAACCGAUCGAAAACUACUUCUGUCUUUGAUGUAGCCCUGUAUAGGGAUUUUAACAAAUAUACCUUUUAUAAAGGAUUUUAUGCUUUAAAAUGACGUAUUACAAAGUUUGAUAUACUCAUUUAUUGUUAAUAUAAUUGCGAAAAAAGGUCGGAAUUGAAAAAAAAAUUGUUUUCGCAAUAACUGUUGUAAAAAUUAGUGUACAGCUUUGAAUUUUUUGUCAAAUAAGGGUUCUUUGGUGCUUAAUAUGUGAUAAAAAUUUCAAAGCGAUUCAUAUAAUUGUUUAAAUUUUAUUCAAAUUGUUUAUCCCAGAGAGCAUUUUUUUUUGCAAUAACGUAAGUCAGAAGAAAAUGACGUUAGAACCAUUUCACAGGUGUCAAAUGAAAGAACAUGAGCUAUAUUUUUCAGCUUGGUUUCAAGUGAAUAAAAAAAUGCAUUUAUUAGUAAUAAAUAAUUAUGCAAAAGUAUCGUAAAUCUUUCCUUAUAAACUUUUUAUUUUGUUAUAAUAUAAGAAAUUAUACAUAGGUAUUUAUUACAAUUUUUUAUCAAUUAUGAUAUAGAUAAUAUUACUUGUUAGUUGUGCACUUAAAACAGGGUAAAAAAGUUAAUUUUUUGGAAAAGUUAUUCAAAAAGUUUAUAAAGAAAAAUUGACGAUACUUUUGCAUAAUUAUUUAUUACUAAUAAAUGCAUUUUUUAUUCACUUUUUUAAACCAUGUUGAAAAUGUAGCUCAUGCUCUUUCAUUUGACACCUGUAGAAUGGUUCGAAGGUCAUUUUUUUCUGACUUAUGUUAUUGCAAAAAAAUGCUCUCUGGGAUAAACAAUUUGAAUACAAUUUACACAAUUAAAUGAAUCGCUUUGAAAUUUUUAUCACAUAUUAAGCACCAAAGAACCCUCAUUUGACAAAAAUUGCAAAGCUGUACACUAAUUUUUACAACAGUUAUUGAGAAAAUAUUUUUUUUGCAAUUCCGACCUGUUUUGCAAUUAUAUUAACAAUAAAUUAUUAUAUCAAACUUUGUAAUACGUCAUUUUAAAGCUUUUUCCAUAAUCUCGAAGAUAUUUGUACUAAAAAAAUCAUGUUUUACUGUUUUCCGUUGAUUUGAAAAAAAAAAGGGGAAAAUGCCAUUUUUUGACAGUUAAUUGUUUAUAAAUAAAAAUGGCCGCCAGAUCCUACGCAGGAAAUAGUUAUAAUUUGUUCCUAUAGGUACCUAUUACCUGUCGAAAAAACGUUUCAGUACCCUGGCUGCUGAAGUGUCACGAAUAGGGUAUAUUUUUGUCUUAUUACCCUGGCCUAGUAGAGUAACUGUUGAUACAAUGACAAAACUAUAAAUUAUAUUGACAAGAUGGUAGAUUACAGACCAGAUAUGGAUAAUUGUAGCAGACACGGACCAAAUGACACUAAUUCAAAAUUAUGGGAUUGUUUUGUUACUUCUUGCAGGCAUCAAUAAAAUAAACAUAUGGUAGACUGGAACAUAGUAAUGCGAUGCCAACCUCUUCUCGUGUAUUUUUAAGAGCAUGUAAGAAAUAAUUUUAAACCUAUACGAGUAUUAGCAAUCUAAUAUUGUUAACCACUAGAAACAGUACUUUUUGAAAAAAUAAAUAGUUUAAGAUAAUCACAAAAGAAUGGAAAAAACUGAGACUACUGAAAUUAGAAGGUAUAUUGCAGAUAAGUUGGUAAAACAGAAACUGGACAUUCAAAAAGAAGUAACCUUGUAUGUCUUCUAAAACUAUUUAUAUCUACAAUACGUUAUAUACAAAAUAUGUGUAAGACUGUUGAUUCAGCGUUCUGAUCAAUUAAAAAAUCUUUUAUAUUAUUCUAUUUAGUCAAAUUCCCUAAUUCCUCGAGUAUAUUAACACUCUACCUAGGUACGAAACUACUGUUUUCUGGAUUAAAAGUUUAAAAACGUCUUUUUUGCAUUAUUUUUCUAUAUUUUGCACAAAAAGACAACAUUUUUUAUCCUUUAUGCUGACCAUAUUAAAGAGUUAAGUUAGGUUAUCAAUGUUAUUUGUCACUUGUCAGAUCCAACUAUAUCUACUUAAAAAAAUGUAAAGUGUUUAUAUUUAAACCUAACAUCUUUCUAAUGCAUCAAAAGGCAUAAACAAAUUGAUUAUGUGUAUCUAGACACUCUUGGUUGUGAAUAUGAAUUGUGUAUAUUGAAUCUACUAAUGUAGACUAUAUUAUUCAACUGUAUACUCCCCAUUUUCCGUACUAUGUUUAAAACAAUUAAGUAUUUUACCUAUUUAAGUAUUCCUUGAUAUAAAUAUAGCUUUAAUAGUGGUUAGGAAACCUGUAACUAGGACUGAACUGCUAAUAAAUAAAAUCUCGUACUCUAGUGCCAUGAUAUUUAUGUUUAUUAAUGGUAUUAAUAUUUCUUGUAUGCUAAUAACUGUUAUGCCUGUUUGGUUCCCAUCUCUACUAUGAUUUAUUUCAGCGCAGAACACUGUGGCGGUAUAAACAACGCUAUUAUAGUAGAGAUGGGAACUCGGUUCUAAAAUGUGAGAAUGUGAUGCUAGUUUUUUUCGAAUAGUUUUAGUAAUAUGUAUCUGAAAAGACUGUUUUGUAGGAUCAAUUACUCGUUUUUUGUUGUUUUGUAUUUAAAUUUUAAAAUUAAUAAAGAAAUCAUGCUAU